GCUGCCGCUCACCUGCUGCUGGAAUGCAGGAGGAGUUGCCGACUCAGUCUGUUGUUGCUGCCCUGAGAGUCUACGCUAGUCCCAGGCCUUCGGAUUGUCCCUUGACCUCUCCACCUCGAAAGCGCUUAGGAAAACCCAAGGCACGAUUUGGACGCGAAGUAGAAAUCGUAUUCCUGAGACACCGUUUAUAGAAAAAGAUACGCAAUUUCUAACUUUAUAAAUUAAUAAAAGCAAGCACCUAAUGCUGUUCUUAAUCACAAUUACAUUAAAUUUGGGGUGGGGAAUGCAUGUCAUUGCAGUUGACACCUGUCAAGAAUCUCUUAAAUUGUAUCCUGAAAAGCCAGGAUGGAGAUAUCAAUGCCCCCACCUCAGAUAUAUGUAGAAAAAACUCUGGCCAUUAUCAAACCAGAUAUUAUUGACAAAGAGGAGGAGAUACAAGAUAUUAUUCUCAGAUCUGGAUUCACCAUUGUUCAGAGAAGAAAACUACGUCUCAGCCCUGAGCACUGUAGUAACUUUUACGUGGAACAGUAUGGGAAAAUGUUUUUCCCCAAUUUAACAGCUUACAUGAGUUCUGGACCACUUGUUGCUGUGAUAUUAGCUAGACAUAAAGCCAUUGCUUACUGGAAAGAACUUUUGGGACCAAGUAAUAGCUUACUAGCUAAGGAGACACACCCAGACAGUCUAAGGGCAAUUUAUGGUACAGAUGACCUAAGGAAUGCACUUCAUGGGAGUAAUGAUUUUGCUGCAGCAGAAAGAGAAAUUCGAUUCAUGUUUCCUGAAGUGAUUGUUGAGCCCAUUCCAGUUGGACAAGCUGCUAAGGACUAUUUAAAUUUAUAUGUAACACCAACCUUGCUUGAAGGACUCACAGCGCUUUGUAAGGAAAAACCAGCAGAUCCUUUUAUUUGGCUAGCUGAUUGGCUGCUGAAAAAUAAUCCCAACAAACCUAAGCUUUGUCACUAUCCAAUUGCAGAAAAACCUUCUUAAAAUAAAGUCCUUCAAAGAACAAAUUACGAACUAUCAUAUUGUAAAAGGCAUGCUUCUACUUAAACAAAAACAAAAACAUAAUUCCUAAGGGUUUAGUAACUACAUGUGAAAUAAAUUAUUUCUUAAAAA